GCUGCCCCAGCCUGCUGCCCCUUCCUGCCUCCUGGGCACUUGGCAGCAGGGCAGUGCUCACAGCACCAAGCCUCACACAGUUCAACAGCUCUUUGCACAAUACUCUGGGGCACAUGGGAUGACUCUUGUGCAGGGACAGGAGUUUCACUCGAUGACCCUUGAGGGUCCAAUCCCCCCUGGCACGUUGUGUGAUCCCGGGAUCUCCCUCAGCAAUGGGGCUCCAGGAGGAGCUGGGAGGGGUUGUGGUGGGGCUGGGCCAGGGCUGGCAGGCACCAGAAUGACGGGGGCUGCACUGGGGCUCUGUGCUCCUUGCCCCAUUCCCCUCUGGGCAGGGCAGGAGGGGUUUCUGUCCCCCAGCCCUGCAGAGCUCCAUGGCCAGAGCCUGGAGGUGGAUGGAGCCCGGCUCUGCUGGGCUGGCCAGUGAUGCCUCGUGCUGAGCAGGCAGGGCCCCGAGGAGCUGCCUUGGAUUUGGGUUUCGUAACCUUCCCCUGUGCAGAUGAUGGCCCCGAUGAGAUAAUGAGGACCCAGCAGGACUGAUGUGCCCCAUGAGCUGGCAGCGUGCGAGGGGGUAAUUGCAGGGGCUGAGAGAGCGGGUUGGGGCUGUCCAGGAGAGCCAGUCAGCAAAAGAGCCCCGUGGCAGGCAGGGAGGAGGCAGGGGCUGGGCCCCCAGCGCCACGUGCCCCCAGCAUGGGCAGCUCCCGCCCCGCCUGCCCGGCCCCCCAUAAAAGCGCUGCCCUGGGCCAGGGCUGCAUCCACUGCUGCGGCCUCGCUCUGCUCAGCACAAGGGCAGCCUCACCUCCCUCAGGCCAAGAUGUCCUGCUACGAGCUGUGCCCCCCCAAAGCCAGCGUGGCUGUGCCCAAGCCCAGCGUGGCUGUGCCCCAGCCCAUCGCCGAGAGCUGCAACGAGCUGUGCGCCCGCCAGUGCCCCGACUCCACGGCCUUCAUCCAGCCGCCCCCCGUGGUGGUCACCUUCCCCGGCCCCAUCCUCAGCUCCUUCCCCCAGCAAGCCGUGGUGGGCUCCGCCGGAGCCCCCGCCUUUGGGGGCUCCCUGGGGCUGGGGGGCCUCUACGGCCAAGGGGCCACCCAGGCCUCGGGGGGCCUCUGCACCUUUCCCACAGCCUGCGCUGCUCCCGCCUGCAGCCCUUGGCUCCUGCCCCGCUACUCCAGGAAAAUCUGCUAAAGCCUCACCCAGCAGCCCUACAGCCCUUUGGGGCUCUCAGCCUCUCUC